AUGUCCAUUUGCUGUCAUGUAGGAACCCCUCUGCGUGAGGAGACGUGUGGCUGGAGCGUUGCAGACCUACGGAGGGCCGGUUAUUUUUGGGUUAGUGACAGCGUGUCAAUGGCCGCAGAUGCAUCGGAAAGGAAGGCUCUGAGGUACAAGCAAACUCUGCUCUAUGGGGAGUACCAGGAGCACCAGGGAGGUUCAGGGCGACGCGAAGCCACCCGACUGCUGACAGAGCGGCAGAUCAAGAAACAUGGCGGCCGGGGUCUGGCGCGUAAACACACCAUGGGCCGUAGGAGUAUCGGGCAGAAUGGGUUCCAGAGCCGCUACAGCCGCUACAGGAGCCGCAGGCAGUCCAACAUGGAGGGCCCCGCAGCAGAGGAGCAGCCCGAUCCAGAGUUGCCCUCCUCCGUGAAGAAACAACGCGCUUUCUCCAAAUGUCCAGACUGCGUUUGUCGGGUGCAGCGCUUCCUGGUGACGCGGCUCGGAGAGGACUGGAUCUUCCUGGUUCUCCUGGGAAUCACCAUGGCCCUGGUGAGCUGGAGCAUGGACUACGCCAGCGCCAAGAGUCUGCAAGCCUAUAAAUGGAUCUAUGGAGAGCUCAAAGGAAACAUCCUUCUGCAGUAUGUGGCCUGGGUCUCGUAUCCUCUCCUCUUCAUCCUGUUCUCCUCUCUCUUCUGUCACCUCGUCUCUCCUCAAGCCAUCGGGUCCGGUAUUCCAGAGCUGAAGACCAUCCUCAGAGGAGUUGUGCUUAAAGAGUAUCUGACACUAAAGGCUUUUGUGGCUAAAGUUAUCGGCCUGACCAUGGCUCUGGGCAGUGGGAUGCCUGUGGGGAAAGAGGGCCCAUUCGUGCACAUCGCCAGCAUUUGUGCAGCCGUACUAAGUCGCUUCAUGUCGUUCUUCUCAGGAGUUUACCAGAACCCGUACUGUUACACAGACAUCCUGACUGUGGGCUGUGCUGUGGGAGUGGGCUGCUGCUUUGGGACGCCCCUCGGAGGGGUGCUUUUCAGUAUUGAGGUGACAUCCACGUACUUUGCUGUCAGAAACUACUGGAGAGGAUACUUCGCUGCUACUUUCAGUGCAUUCAUCUUUAGAGUCUUAUCAGUCUUCAAUAAGGAUGCAGUGACCAUUACUGCUCUGUUCAGGACAAAGUUUCGGAUGGAUUUCCCUUUCGACCUCCAGGAGCUGCCUGCGUUUGCCAUAAUUGGGAUCUUUUGUGGAUUCCUGGGGGCUUUCUUUGUGUAUCUAAACAGACAAGUUGUGCUGUUCAUGAGACGACAAAAUGUAAUGACACGCUUCCUGACCAAACAUCGUCUGCUGUUCCCGGCCGUGGUCACUCUGGUCAUCGCCUCCCUGACUUUCCCUCCCGGUUUUGGGCAGUUCAUGGCAGGAGAGCUAAUGCCCAGGCAGUGUAUCAACUCUCUGUUUGACAACUACACAUGGACGAAGCUGUCAGGCUCUUCCCCUCCCUCUGCUCUGGGCCUGUCUACAGCCUGGUUACACCCUGACGUCAGCGUUUUCAUCAUCCUUCUCCUCUUUUUCAUUAUGAAGUUCUGGAUGUCCGCAGUGGCCACUACCAUGCCUAUUCCCUCUGGAGCCUUCAUGCCUGUCUUCAUACUUGGGGCUGCGUUUGGGCGCCUGGUGGGAGAGAUCAUGGCCUCUCUGUUUCCUCACGGCAUUGUGUUUGACGGGAUACUGUACCGGAUCAUCCCUGGAGGGUACGCAGUCAUUGGAGCAGCAGCUCUGACCGGAGCAGUGACUCACACAGUGUCCACUGCGGUGAUCUGCUUCGAGCUGACAGGACAGAUCUCCCACAUCCUGCCCAUGAUGGUGGCAGUGAUUCUGGCCAACAUGGUGGCUCAGGGCCUGCAGCCGUCCCUCUACGACUCCAUCAUCCAGGUCAAGAAGCUGCCCUAUCUGCCCGAGCUCGGCUUUGGACACAUCAGCCAGUACAAUAUUUUUGUGGAAGACAUCAUGGUGAGAAAAGUGAAGUUCAUCUCCUCUCAGUCCACGUACAGAGAAGUCCAACAUCUGCUAAACUCCACCUCUUUGAAAACCAUCCCUCUGGUCGACUCAAAAGAUUCUAUGAUUCUUCUGGGCAGCAUCGACAGAGUGGAGCUCCUGGCGCUCUGUGAUUGGUGGCUGUCCCCAGAGAGGCGGCUGCUAAUGCAAGGUCACUGUUUGCAGGAGCAGAGCCAGGGUCAAAGACACAACUGGGAGACUCUGGCUUUCGUCGAUGAAGAGGAUGAGGAUAAAGAGAAGGACAUCCCGAUUCUGGAGGAGAGAAAUGGGCCCCUUCCUCCAGCGAAACCUCCAGAUCCAUCAGACCACAGCCCGACCGUCACAGAUACAGGCCCUCUGCAGUCGGUGAGGAGCGCUCUGAGCAGUAUGUUUGCCUCCAGACCCAAACAGACCGAGGGGCAGUCCCAGGAGCCUAGUCCUCCUCCUCUGGCCGACACAAUGACUCCAGAAGAGAUUAAAGCGUGGGAAGAGGCCGAGAUGGACAAGCCCAUGGAAAUCGAUGAGAUUCGAGUGGACCCUUCGCCUUUCCAGCUCGUGGAGAGAACGUCACUGCACAAGACACACACUCUCUUCUCUCUGCUGGGACUGAGCCAUGCAUAUGUCACCAGUAUUGGGAAACUAGUGGGAGUGGUCGCUCUCAAAGAGCUUCAGAAGGCCAUCGAAGGCUCCACUCGCUCCGGGGUGCGCCUCCGUCCUCCUCUGGCCAGUUUCAGGGACGUGAGCCACAAAUCUGCCCCCAAAUCUCACCCCAGCUCCACCUCGUCAUCUACCGCCAACUCCCCCUCCUCCAUCACUGCCCCCACCUCCUUCCCCUGCCCCUCUGUGCCGCCACAACCCCCACCGUCACCCCCCACCCCUCCGGACCACCAACCGCACAGCUCCGAGAACGAAGCAGAGGUGUGGAUAGAAAGGGGGUCUAUACACGCAGACUAUGACAGCAGUAGAAGUAGAAGUAGUAGUAGUAGUGAUAGUAGUACUCUGCCCACUCCUCCACGUGUCCCUCGCCCUCCGCUCUUCAUCCCCUCAUCCGCCUCCUCCUCCCCUCCCUCCCCCAUGCCCCGGUCACUGCAGAGACUGUUUGUGAGAGAGGAGGGAGACAGCGAUGAUGAAACAAAAGUCUGA